AUGUCUUUUAAAACAAGUAUAUACUUACCUCUAAACAAGCAUUAAUAAAUAUAAAAGCGACACUAAAAUAACAUAGGUAAAAACAAGCUAGUCUAAGAAUCAUACUUAAAAGGAAAUUUUAUUUUUUACAAACAAGAAAACUAUUUUUCUCCAACUCUAGAAUAACUUAUUAAAGUAUUAUUAUAAAGUUGUAUAAAAAAAAUAUCCUACUGCACAAAAAAGAGACUCUAAAUACCACUUUAUUCUAAUGUUUGUAAUACACCCCAUGAACAAGUUGAAUUCUCUUAACAAACCCAUACUUUAUAAUUAUUAUAGAUUAACAAUAUUGAUGAUGAUGAGUUUUAAAUAAAUUUUACAGUAUUAGGUCUGAAUGAAAAGUAUGCAAGCGUAUAUUGUUCAAUUGAACAAAAUUAGGUUAAAGGAACAGUACAGAUCUCUUUUUAAAAAAUACAAGUUAAUUUGA